AUGCUCAAUGAGACGACUUGCGUCUAUUCGCUGAACACUCCUCAAACCUUUUUCGAAGUCUCCAAACAGUGUGCGGCUCAAGCGUAUUGGGCCUACCCGGUGAGAAUCAGAAACGCCCUUGAGAACAAAUUUCUGCAGAGUCUUGCUCAAACUCAAUUCAACAAUGUACCCCCAUUCAUCAGUAUUUGGAAGAAAGCUGGUGACAAUUGGACAUAUUAUGAUGGAACCUCACCGCUUCUCUAUCAGAAUUGGGCACCUGGCGAGCCCAGCUCUACGACGAAUCGGGACCUCUGUGCUGUCAUGAGCCCAACAACUGGCUUGUGGAAGUCGAGUGAAUGCACGUUGACUAAACCCUACUUUUGUACUGUUGAGAUCAGAGAUUCUCAAUGUGACCCUGGAUGGAUCUACAAUGAUAGCUUCGAUUUUUGCUAUUAUUUACAGAAUUUCACAAUGGAGGGUCAAGACUGGAAAACGUGGGGACCCUAUGAGACGGAGCCAGCCUGUCAAGCAAUGAGUCCAUAUUCCCAUCUUGUAUCGAUUCACUCAAAAGCUGAAGAUGACUUUGUUUACAGCUUGGCUCGGACGUUUACUUUCAUUAAUACCCCACCACAAUAUUCUCCGGAGAGCAAUCCCUGCCAUUAUCAAGGAGUGAGCAUCGGAUUGCUGGGAAGUGCUGUGUUGGGCGGUGCCUGGACUGAUGGAACAAAGAUUGACUAUCUGGGGCAGAUGGACUCACCGGGAGAUUCUGCAAAUUGGAUGAUGCAAAAUGAUGAUUCUUGUUCGGAGAAGCAAUGGCACGCUCACGGUACAAGCCUCGUUUGGUGUCGAUUUAUCUGCAAAAUGCCUUCUAACAAGCAAUUAAGUCGCAUUUUGGGAAUUAAUAAACAG